GUUCUGCAUCUCGUCGGUCGCCAUCAAUCGUUUGUGUUAAUUCACCCCGUGUGCCAUUGAAGAGCAAAAGCGAAGCACUCAGUUUAAGCAAAUUUGCUCGGUUUUGAGUAGCAACACUCGUAGAAGUGACAAAUUUCCUUUUUAAGUAACACCAGGAAGAAGAAAAGAAUCACAGAAUGAGCUGGCAGGAUUAUGUUGACAAUCAGCUCCUGGCUUCCCAGUGUGUAUCGAAAGCGGCCAUCGCCGGUCAUGACGGUGGAAUUUGGGCCAAAUCAGAAGGAUUCGAAGUAUCAAAAGAAGAACUGGCGAAAAUAGUGCAAGGUUUCGACAAAACUGAACUGCUCACCUCAGGAGGCGUGACACUGGCCGGCCAGCGUUACAUCUACCUGUCCGGAACCGAUCGAGUAAUCCGAGCUAAGCUGGGCAAGAUGGGAGUACAUUGUAUGAAGACGCAGCAGGCUGUUAUAGUAUCAAUUUACGAAGAGCCAGUCCAGCCUCAGCAAGCGGCGUCUAUAGUCGAAAAGCUCGGAGAUUAUCUAAUUACCUGUGGUUAUUAGAAGAGGUAAACUUUCAUACUGCUUUUUAUAAUUUAAACAUUAGAAACACACUUGAAUAAAAAUUAAAAAAAAAACUGAAAACUAAAAAAAAAAAAACAAUACAGUGUAAGCUUACUACUGCUAUAGGAAUGAUAUAAACGAGGAAAAUAAAAACGGUUGCAAAAAUGCUAAUUGUAAGAAUGAGAACGAGUAAAAAGAGGAGAUUCUGUUUUUCUUCUUUUGCAAAGUCAAUAUUUAUAAGUUCCCUUGCUAGUUUUUGUUUUUCUUUUGUUUCCGUGAGAUUGAGAGAAAGGACAUUUGCUGCUUUAAUUAGCAAUUCUCAAUUUUGUUUUCCUUCCUUUCAAAGUUCAAAGUAGUGGCUGUUUGUGUUCGGGUUUGUUUCCCAUUAAUUCUUUUUUUUUGUUGUUGCUACCUUGAGUGUUGUUGCGCGCGUUAAUAAAAGGAAUAAAAAGAAAAGCUCAAAAUUGUCGUCACGGUUUGAUUUUCUAUUUUGUUUUUCUUCUCUCUUUCUCUUUUAUUUACAGCCUACGGCGGCAGUGUGAGCGUAUUUCUCUUGUAUUUGUGUAAAAUCAGUUCAGUAUGAUAAGAAAUUGUAAUUUGUAUUAGCUCUUAAAAUCAUAAAGCAUCUCUCUGAAUUGGUGGAAUCAAAGAACUGAAAGGAAGAUAGAUUGCGAAAGCAAGAGCGGAGAUUAUAGGGAAGGGUUAAAGAGCAAAGAAACUUACUUAGAGAACAAAUAAAUUCUUACGCAUUCUUCGAUGGCACAUGAGAUGAAUUACAGUCAUAGGAUACGAGCAUGAGCGUGGGUUGUAAUGUUGAAAUCAGGAGGACGAAGAAACAUGUAAAACUGAAAACAAAAUGUGAAAACUUGAAGACCAUUUUUGAUGGUAAAAAGAAUGGAAUGAAACGCAUAAGCUACUCUACUAUUAUUAUCAUCCGUAACUGUAUUAAUUAUUCCGAUGAAACUGCUGAGGUAUGAACAAGAUUUCGAUCCAUAAUUUGCAAAAGCAAGAACCGUUUUUUCUUUGUGUCGGACAGCAUAAAUAGAAGCAUAACUAUGAGAUAAACAAGCGAAUCAAUAUGAUAAGGAUAAUGCAAUGAUAAUAAAAAGCAAGAAAAGAAUAACAGCGGAAAUAAUGGACAAAAUGUGUGUGAUUUACUACUAAUUUACAAAUAAGUGAAAGCAUGUGAAAAAUUGAAGGGUUUUUACCUCUCUUUAUAUUUUUUUUUAUAAAUUAUCAUAGAAUUCUUGUGAUUAUAAAUUAUUCUUAUCUUAUGAUCGAAAACAACAUGCUGAUGGUCUCUAGUUUUUCUACAUUUCUUCCAAAAAACACAAACAUCCCUAUGUCGUUUAUUUCUGACUACCCAUUGAACUAUCUUUCAUGAAUGUCCUUUCAGUACAGAAAGAAAUAAAAAAAAAAGAAACGCGAAAACAUA